AUGACUAUUGGAGAAGCUGCAAAGUUGGCAAAAAAAGCAAUCUGUUGGGCUGCAUAUGGAGCUUCGGAAUGUGGCGAUUACGUGAGCGUUUACCACGUAGCUAGGUAUAGGUGGAGUAAGGUCAUCUCCGCCGACAAUAUGAUUGAGUGGCAAAAGGCCCAUAUCCGACGCGACAAAGAUGGUAGAUUCCCCAUGGUGACCAUUUCCCUCAGCCAGAAAAAUUCUGCAACGAAUCAAUACUUUGUUGGGGAAUUAGGAAAGAAGAUAAGAGAGGAAGCCAUCGACGAGGGAAGGAGAAAGAACCCAGAGAAUAGAAGCCAAAUUAGAGUUCAGAGUUCAGUGUUCAGAGUUGGUAGGCAAUUGGCUUAG